AUGCCAAAUACUUACGGGAUUUCAACCGGGUAUCCCGAAUACCCUCUAGAAGUCACUAACAACUUUAUUAAUGAUCCACCACACGAAAGUGAAUCUGCUCCUUUCUUAACACACCCACCACUGGUACCAACUCAGUGCAUAAUUACUCAACAAAAUAAUAACGUUCCUAUAUACCAAAAUUUCCAAAGGUUUUUUAAUUCUAUUAAGGCAUUUGAAGAAAAUGUUAAUAGACAACUUGAACAAAUUAAUGAACUAAAAAAUCAAUUAAAUCAAAUGAAACAAUCUUUUAUCGCGCAACAACAACCUUUACCUCGUCGUAUAUACCGAAACCAUGUUUCCAGACCUCAUCCUUAUUUAAAUGAACGUCCUUUAGUUUCUUCUCGUACGCCAACUAUUCGUUCUUCUGCACCAACUUACCAACAUGAAUACUUUACGAUUGAUCAACUCGCCUCAUCGAAUAGUCUUCAUAACACUCCUGCUGAGACAACUGAUAAUAAUGAAAUCUCCCCUUCAGGUACCCAGAAUUAUGAAUUCUGGUAA